AUGCUAAAAGCAUAUCGCGAAAAGUUAGAAUGCCAAUGUGAAAAAUAUGUUGGAGUAUUAGAAGACUCUGAAGGAGAAACAGUAGAACAAAUAUUGAACGAGGACUAUACUAUCUGUGAUAAAGCAACUGAAUGUUCUAUGGUAUUGGAGAAUUAUCUGGAUGAAAUGGAAUUUGCAAGGAAACGUGGUUCCAAGGAAACGGCGACCCGUGAAGAACAGGUUAGUACCAUUACACAUCAAAUGCAAUCUUUUAUGAUCGAACAGAGUACACAUCAGCAAGAAUUUGUAGAACGGCAAAGUCAACAGCAAAUAGAGUUCUUAGAAAAACAAGUUCGAGAACAACACGAGGUUUUAGACAAACUUUCUAAAUCAAAGUCGCCAUCAAUGUCAGUUAAAUUGCCAAAAUUGGAACUUAAGUGUUUCAUUGUUGAUAAAUUAAAGUGGUCAGAAUUCUGGGAUGCCUUUGAGUGUACGGUUCACAUAAAUGAGAAACUGUCAGACGUUGAAAAAUUCAGUUAUCUCCAGACAAAGAUAGUCGGUGAAGCAAAAGCAGCAAUAUCCGGAUUGUCUCUCUGUAACAAAAAUUACCGAAUUGCCGUAAACCUGUUGCAAGAGAGAUUCGGAAAGAAACAAGAAAUCAUAGAUAUUCAUUAUCACAAGCUGAUGAAUAUUGUUCCGCCCUACUGCAAGACCGAGAGUUUGCGACUCUUUCUUGACACAGUUGAAAAACAUAUGCGGAGCCUAGAAGUAUUAGGUGAAAACAUUGAUCAAAACAUGUUUGUUUCAAUGGUUAAAUCGAAAAUUCCAAAGGACGUACUCUUGCACCUGGAGGUACAGAAAGGCUCAGGAAACGAAUGGAGCGCUAAAACACUCCGACAGCGAUUACGAGAUUACAUAAUUGCUCGUGAACACGCUGAACAAAGCAACCAACAAGAGCCUGCAAACAAAAUGAAACAGAAAAUUGACUUUCAAAGUGGCAACAAUUUUGAAAUUAAAAGCGCAAGGCCAACGAAAAUGUUUGGUCAGAAGCCAGUCUCCGCUGGAAAGCACAUCUCGGCGGAGUCCCUAAUCUCUGUAGACAGCAAAAACAGUGUUUAUGCAAACAAGUGCAGAUACUGUACGAACUCUCAUUGGAGUGAUGAAUGUACGAAAUACAAAACGAUUCCAGAAAGAAAACGCUUGCUGAAAGGUGCAUGCUACAAGUGUCUGAAAGUUGGACACAAAACUGAUAAGUGUAAGGCUAGAAAACUGUGUGUACAUUGUGGUGAAAAGGAUGUUCAUCACAGAAGUCUUUGUCCCGCCAAAUUUAGUGUACACAUUCCCACAAGACGAGCAGAAAGUGCGAACGUUUCAGAAGAACUUGUGUCUGAAAAUAAUGAUGUACAUCACGAAAAUGUUCUCGUGUCAUCUGGUGAGGUUGUCCUCAUGCAGACUGCAAGAACAGAGGCAAAAUGUCCUACAAGUAAAAACAGCCGCCAGAUUAGACUCCUUCUAGAUUCGGGGUCACAAAGGACAUAUGUGACGGAGCGCCUGGCGGAGCAGCUUGACCUCGUUAGAGGAGAAAUGCAAGAAAUAAAACUAGUCACGUUUGGUAGUAAUAAAGCAAAAGUGAUCAAAACGCCGACUACCAAAUUGAGUCUGAAGCUGACCAAUGGGAAAUAUCUGAGCAUAACUGCUAAUAUUGUGCCUGACAUCACAGGGACAAUAGAAAGGAAAGCUGUACAUCUGUCUCACUCUGAGAACAUACAGCACAUCCUGAGCAGUGUUGACCUGGCGGACACCAUUCCUACCACAAAUGAAUACUCUACCAUAAACUUGUUGGUGGGAAACGACUACUACCUUGACGUUGUCCUGCCACAGAGGAUAGAGAUACAGCCUGGUUUGUACCUUCUAAGUUCCAAAUUUGGUUGGUUACUUACCGGUCGUAUCAAUGAACCCUGUGAAGAGGAAGCUGAAAAGAAUGACAUUGGAAUGCUCAUACUUACCUAUGGGACCGAUGCUUAUAGAAUAACAAACUCAAAUGUGUUCUCUUCAGUGGAUAGUGAUGUUCCAAAGAAGCCCGAUCUCGAGGAUUUCUGGGCAAUUGAAUCUAUCGGGAUACUUGACGACCCUAGACAAAAUGAUGACGAAACUGCCAUGGCCAAAUUCAAAGAGACUAUACAGUUCAAAGACAGUCGUUAUCAAGUUACCUGGCCAUGGAAGGAAGAAAAUCCCGAUCUCCCUGUCAAUCGCGGAUUAGCUCUUGGUAGGCUAAAAUCUACAGCAUCGAGAAUGCAAGGGAGACCAGAGCUACUGAAACAGUACGACUCCGUUAUACAGGAUCAGCUAUCAAAAGGAGUUAUUGAAAAGGUGAGUGGAAAUAGUACCAACACUGUCAAACACUAUCUUCCACACAAUGCAGUAGUAACUCCUCAGAAGUCGACAACAAAAUUGAGAUUGGUAAAUGAUGCCUCCGCCAAGACGUGUGACAAAAAUAAAAGCCUCAACGAAUGCCUCUACAGGGGUCCAGUUAUGUUGCAUGACCUCUGCGGCAUACUUAUGAGAUUCCGCACUCACAAUAUUGCUAUUGUGGCGGAUAUUGAGAAAGCUUUCCUUCAAGUAGGACUUCAGCCAGAUCAGCGAGAUGCAACUAGAUUCAUUUGGCUAAAAGACUGUGAGAAUCCCAGCACAGGAGGUGACAACUUGCAAGAAUACCGUUUUUGUCGUGUUCCGUUUGGGAUUAUUUCAAGCCCUUUCAUUCUUGGAGCUACAAUAGAGUGUCACUUAGACAAAUAUGACAAUGACAUCGCAAACAAGCUUAAGAAUGACAUAUACGUUGACAAUGUCAUAACAGGCACACAUACAGAAAGUGAAGGGGUCGAGCUUUAUACAUCAUCAAAAGCCAUGUUCCAUGACGCUGCCAUGAAUCUUCGAGAAUGGUCAACAAAUAGUAAUUUUGUCAACAGUGUGAUUCCCGAUACAGACAAGGCCAAGUCUGAGUGUAUCAAGGUUCUUGGCCACACGUGGAACACUAAAAAUGACACUCUGACACUAAAAGAAUCUCCAGUGUUAAAUGACACUGCGAAUCCAACCAAACGGAAGGUACUGAGACAGCUAGCGUCCGUUUACGAUCCGCUGGGAUUUUUCACCCCAGUGCUUUUGAGGGGGAAGGUGCUCAUGCAAAGUCUUUGGAGCAAACAUCUAGACUGGGACGACAACUUACCAUCAGAUGACGUCAUACUUUGGGAUACAAUAAGACAGGAGUUGGCCAAAAUUCCAAACGUUGCCAUACCAAGGUGCAUCGCUCAGGUUGGUUGUGAAAAAUCGUCAUACAAGCUAUUUUGUUUCUGCGACGCAUCAGCAAAGGCAUAUGCAGUUGCUAUAUACCUGCAUCAAACAGGUGUCAAUGAGUCAAGGUGUGACCUUAUCUUCGCAAAGUCUCGACUUGCACCGACAAAACAGAUGUCGAUUCCCAGAUUGGAGCUCAUGGCGGUUGUAAUUGGGGUCAGAUGUAUCAAGUUUGUGAAGGACAAUUUGAAUUUGCCAGUUGAUCAUAUUCAUCUUUGGACUGACUCCCAGUGCGUUCUUCACUGGAUCACUUCAGAAAACGUGUCUUCUGUGUUCGUAGCAAACCGAGUGAAAGAAAUCAAACGGCAGUCGUCAAUCAGCUUUCAUCACAUACCUUCAUCUGAAAACCCUGCAGAUAUCGCCACAAGAGGCGCAUCUGUACAUCAGUUGAAGGAGCUGACACUGUGGUGGCAUGGACCAGAGUGGCUGACACAACAAGGUUAUAACUGGCAGAUAGAGCCGAGCUCUGAGAAAGACCUCGACGAAGACUUGAUCAGAAAGUCUGAAGAAGACAAAAAGUUGCAUAAAAAACAAUCAGCUGAACAUGUUCUUGAAGGAGCAGAAAAUUCAGAUAAGAAGCUCAAAGGAGCAUCUCCUGACGGAGCAUAUACACAAACGGAGUUACCCCCCUUUGAAAUCGAAAGUGAAAAGUACUCGUCAGCUACAAAGUUAGUUCGAGUUACUGCUUUUGCACUUCGAUUUAUCAGCAAACAAGUCAACUGA